GUGAGACAGUAAAUGAGGCAAUAGAUUGGACAGCAUAUCGUGUAGCACCAGGUUGGACAAAUGAGAUGUUAUUAGCAUUUGAUAGAUUAACUGCAUCUAGUCCUGGAUUUAUGGGUAAGAGCCAGGUACUUGAAUUUGUUAAAGAAAUACAUAAAUUAUUUCAGCCACAAAUAUCUCAAUUAAGAAGAGGAAGAGAUAGAAUAAGAAAAAGAAAAAUUGAACAAAAAGAUACUAUUAAUAUUAUUACACAAUUUAAUACAUUUAUUCAUAAAGAUAAUAUUCAUAAAGAUAUUCAUCAUCAUGAUGAUUUCUAUCAACAUGUUACACAAGAUCUUGCAUUAGACUCCAUAGAAGAAGGUAUGCGUAUGGUAUCCUUUGAGAUGUUUCAUCGUGUAGCUAUGAAGUUAGGACUAAGUGUUGGUCAUCGUCAUUCACGAAUGUUAUGGAUAAUGGUUGGGUUUGAGGAUUAUGAGGAAAUACAACAAUUUCUACCAGAGAGGGACGUAAAAUUAGGUAUAAUUAGGGUGUAUCUACAGCCUAUUACUAUAUUAGGUAAACCUUUUACUAAUAAAGAUGAACAUUUAUCAUCUAUUGUAUCUUAUAAGGGACUUAUUAACUUCUUCUUAUUCAAAAGAUUACUUAAACAUCUUGAGAUUAUUAUACCAGAUAAAGCAGCUCGUGCAUUAUGGGAUGAAUUACCUAAAGAUCCAAUGGAGAUAACAGACUUUUUACCUGCUGGUCUCCUUGAGGGAAAUAUUAAGACAAAAUAUUUACGACUAGAGAUGGAUAAUUUGGGGCUUGAUCCUAUGAAGGGAAGAGUUGUUAGUAUAGAUUGUCUAAGAAAAAAAUUACCUAG